AUGGAGCGGAGGUUCCUUUCUUUCCCUGGCCUCUGCUUGGCCUUAUUUGUGUUGGUGGGCGUGGCCGUGGCCACACCCUCAGGCCCAGCAUCCGACACCUGUGCCACGCUGGAGCAGAGUCGAUUCUUUGGCGUUUUCUCCUCCACGACCGCUCUGCCCUCCAUGCCGUGCUCCUGGACCCUUCAGAACCCCGACCCACGUCGCUACACGGUAUACAUGAAGAUCACCAAGCCCACCGAGUCCUGUGUGCCACGCCAGGUCCGCACCUUCCAGUUCGACUCCUUCCUCGAAACUUCUCGCACAUACCUGGGAAUGGAGAGUUUUGAUGAGGUGGUUCGUUUGUGCGACGGCACAACCUCCGUGGCGUACCUGGAGUCCAGCAAACAGUUCCUCCAGCUCCGCAAGCUGCCCCCCCGCCCUGCCCUGCCCUUCACUGCCGCCGACCAACAGGAAGUGGAGGAUGUGAGUGAGUUUAAGGCGGAGUUCCUGGUCGUGGGGAAGAGAAAUCCCAGCAUGCCCGCCUGUCAGAUGCUGUGCCAGUGGCUGGAGAAAUGCUUGGCGACCAGUACCCAUGCCAACCCCUGCGGUAUCAUGGCAACCCCUUGCCAAUGCUGGGAAACGCCCAAGAGGAAGGCGGGCGGCUGCUACAGAGGAGGAGUGUACGUGGAGAAAUGUUUACCCGCCCUGAGAGACAGCAGCCGCGACGCGGAGAUCAUGAGAGGCUGGAGCGGGUGGGGCCGCUGGUCAGAGUGCAGCACUGAGUGUGGGGGCGGAGUCCAAGUUCGCAGCAGGGCGUGUCACCCUGAAAACGAAAUCUGUGAGGGUGUGGUCGAAGAGGGACGUUCCUGCAACCCACAGCCUUGCAUUGGGAAAGUUCGCCAGCGCAGCCAAGCUCUGCGAUCCAUCGUCAGCCAAAAGAGAGACAACAAAGAGGAGGGCAGCCUGGCUCCUAAAACUGAUGCCAUGCAGGAUGAAUGGUCCUCUUGGAGUGCGUGUUCGGUCAGCUGUGGACAGGGUUGGCAAAGUCGGAGCCGUCUGUGUGUAACCUCAUCCCACAGCACACAGUGUACCGGCCCUCUGAGGGAAAACAGGAUCUGUAACAACACUGCCGUCUGCCCAGUGGAUGGAGCAUGGGAUGAGUGGGCGCCAUGGAGUCUGUGCUCCUCCACCUGUGGGCGUGGUUACCGCGACCGUGUGCGUACCUGCAAACAGCCCCAGCACGGCGGGGAACCGUGCCGCGGCCCUGCUAAACAGACCAAGUUCUGCAACAUCGCCGUCUGCCCCGUUGAUGGAUUCUGGAAUGAAUGGUCAGCGUGGAGUGCGUGUUCAGCCUCGUGCUCUAAUGGGACCAUGCAGCGGACCCGUGAGUGUAACGGACCGUCUUACGGUGGUGCUGAGUGCCGGGGCGACUGGCUGGAAACCAGCGGCUGCUUCCUGAGAGAGUGCCCAGUGGAUGGGAGGUGGUUGUCUUGGAGCUCUUGGAGCACUUGUUCGAGGACCUGUGGAGGUGGCACCCAACAGAGACAGAGAGUGUGUGAGGGCCCGUUCCAUGGAGGCCAGUCGUGUGUCGGUGAUAAAUCUGAGUCCAAACAAUGCAAUGAGAAGAGAUGCCCUGAACCCCAUGAGAUCUGUCCUGAGGAGAACUAUGGCAGUGUGGUGUGGAAAAGAACCCCUGCUGGAGACACAGCGGCCGUGCCCUGCCCCGCCGAUGCCUCAGGGCUGGUUCUGAGGAGAUGCACUCUCGACGCUGUCGGCCUGGCCUUCUGGGAGAAUCCAACGCACAUCAAAUGUGUCUCUAAAGUUUACGAGAACAUCCAGGAGCUGAGCCGAGAGCAUGUGUCCAAAGCCGAGAAAGGUCUCCUGGUGGACGGGGUGUCGGACGCUCUCUCCAGACUGAGGAUGACGUCCGACGAAGGCACCAGGUACAGCGGAGACCUGCAGGCCGUGAUGGAGGUUCUCAGAAACACCACGGGGAUCUUCAGAGGCGCUGGCUACAGCCUCAGCAACGCAGACGUGGAGAACUAUGCACAGACCAUUAGCAACUUACUGAAGGAGGAGCACCGUGACAAAUGGGAGGAAGCACAGUUGAUGGGAGGAAACGUUAAAGAAUUUUUCAGCCUGGUGGAAGACUUUAUUGACAUGAUCGGGAAACAGAUGAGAGAUUUCCAGGACAUUUAUGAAGUGACGGAGAACUUUGAACUGAGCAUCCAGAAGCGUCCCAAGGCCAUGACCUCAGACGUGACCUUUCCCAUGAAGGGCUGGAGGGGUAUGAUGGACUGGGUCCGAAACUCAGAGGAAAAAAUCACAGUGACCCGCAGUGCGCUUAACCUGGACCUGCCAGAAGCUGAGGAGAGUACUGGUUUUGUGACUGGCAUUGUGCUCUACAGAAACCUGGGUCCCAUUCUGUCCCUGCAGAGUAACACUACACUGCUGAACUCUAAGGUGGUUACUGUAAGUGUGAAGCCAAACCCAGGUUUCCUGGCCUCCCCAGUCGAGAUUGAGUUUCCCCACCUUCACAAUGGCACAAUGAAUGAAACCUGCAUCUCCUGGGACGAGAGCGAGAGCUCGUCGCUGCUUGGAUCGUGGACUGCGCGUAGUUGCAGAGCGCUCCCCGUCGACUCCUUCAGAACCAAAUGCGUGUGUGACGGACUCUCCACCUUCGCCAUUUUAGCGCGGCCAAAUCCUGAUUCGAUGAUGGAUAAGACACUGCUUCCCUCCGUGACUCUGAUCGUCGGCUGCGGCGUCUCCUCUCUCACGCUGCUCCUCCUCAUCAUCAUCUACGUCUCCGUUUGGAAGUACAUUCGCUCUGAGCGGUCUGUCAUUCUCAUCAAUUUCUGCCUGUCAAUCAUCUGCUCUAAUGCCCUCAUUCUGAUUGGUCAAACUCAGGCUCGCAAUAAGGUGAUGUGUACUCUGGUUGCUGCUUUCCUGCAUUUCUUCUUUUUGUCGUCUUUCUGCUGGGUGCUGACGGAGGCAUGGCAGUCAUACAUGGCGGUUACUGGGCGUUUGAGGAACCGUAUUAUUCGUAAGCGCUUCCUGUGUCUGGGCUGGGGGCUUCCUGCCCUGGUCGUGGCUGUUUCAGUGGGCUUCACCAAGGCUAAAGGAUACGGCACUGUCAACUACUGCUGGUUGUCUCUGGAAGGUGGCCUUCUCUACUCAUUUGUUGGACCUGCUGCAGCUGUCGUCCUGGUGAACAUGGUCAUUGGUAUUCUGGUCUUCAACAAACUCGUGUCCAAAGACGGCAUCACUGACGUGAAACUCAAAGAGAGAGCUGGGGCGUCUCUGUGGAGUUCCUGUGUGGUUCUGCCUCUCCUGGCUCUCACCUGGAUGUCUGCGGUUCUGGCCAUUACCGAUCGUCGUUCCGCCUUGUUCCAGAUCCUCUUCGCUGUCUUUGACUCGCUGGAGGGAUUCAUCAUCGUUAUGGUUCACUGCAUCUUACGCCGAGAGGUUCAGGAGGCGGUUAAGUGCAGGGUGGUUGAUCGUAAAGAUGAUGGAAAUGGCGAUUCAGGCAGUUCCCUCCAGAAUGGGCACACCCAGCUAAUGUCUGACUUUGAGAAGGAUGCUGAUUCUAGCAGACCAGGAGGCAUGAAGAGUUCCUCUGAGGAGAAGAUGCCCCCCCCUCAGAUGCCCCUACCCAUGGGCCCAAAUUUCCACACCCUCCCUGCCAACACCAGUACCAAGGGCCACAUGCAGGCCGUGCCUGACUACUCCAGCCACACGCUGACACUGCGCCGUGAGAAGGGUCGCGGGUUGGACCCGGCCUGCGGGAAGCCCGUCUACGUGUGUGACAGCGAGCUUUUCAAACAGCUGGACGCGGACCUGGCCCGUGGACAGGCCGAGGGAAGCGCUCCCGACGGCAGCGGCUACGUCCUUAUGCCCAACACCACGUCCACGCUGCGGUCCAAACCCAAAGACGACUCUUCUGCUGCCACAAAGUACAACAUCAGUGUGGAGCAGCUUCCCCAGACACGCCUGGUCCAGCUGGGUGGGGCCUUCGCCGAACCCCAGGCCAGUUUCGGGAUGAAGUCUCUGCCUGCCGACCGUGUUAGCGUCUCGUACUCUGAGCGUGAUUCGCCCAUCCAGAACCUGCACAACAUCUCCAGCGAAAGUCACAUGACCAGCAGCCUGGGCGACACCUUCGACUCAAUGAACUCCAUGAUGUCGAAGAGCGAGACCAUUUCCACGCUGUCCAUGAGCUCACUGGAGGUAGGAGGCAGAAUGAAAUCCCGUUAUGCUGAGCUGGACUUUGAGAAGAUCAUGCACACACGGAAACGCCACCAGAACAUGUUCCAGGAUUUGAACAGGAAAUUACAUCAUGCAGAGAAGGACAGAGAGUCACCCGCCUCUGACAGCAAGUCUGUAAGAUGGAGCGUAUCUUCUGGAGGAAGCGACAAAACCAACCACAGCGACAAGCAGCAGAUGCCAGGGCCGUGGGAUGGUGCUCCCAGAUCACAGCACUCACCUCCCGCAUGGGUCCGCAAGGAUCUGGAACCUCUGCAACCAUCUCCUCUGGAGCUUCAGGCGGUGGAGUGGGAGAAGGCUGGCACCCCCAUUCCCCUCGUGGGCCAAGACAUAAUCGACCUACAGACCGAGGUGUGA